AUGUUGAUCUCUAAAUUAUUAGCAGCAACAUUCUACUUCAGUGCAGCUGCCUUUGCACUUGAUAUUACUACCCAAAGAAUUGAUAGAGGUUAUGUUGAUCUUAAUGUUGGUUCUAUUACCAUUGAAUCUGGAGCUUACUGGUCUAUUAUUGAUAACGCUAUCAGUGUUUUAGUGGGAGAUCUUACUGUUAAACAAAAUGGUGGCUUCUUCAUCACUGCAACUAGUAGUAUUAUUGGUUUGUCUGUCACUCUUGCAUCUGGUUUGGGUAACAUCAACAACGCUGGUGUUAUUGCUUUCAACGGUGCUAACUCGUUGCUUCCUCCAACCUAUAAUUUGAUCGGUCUCUCUUUCACAAACAGUGGUGAGUUCUACUUAGUGAGUAGUGGAAAUAUUGGUGUUGCUACAAAGGGCCUUUUUGCACCAUCGUGGAAGAACACCGGUUUGAUUUCUUUCUACUCUGCUAAGAGAAGUGCCGAUGGUGUCGUUAACCUUGGUGCUUUAGGAUUCCCAAUUCAAAAUAAUGGUCAAAUUUGUUUGCACAAUGAGUUGUACCAGCAGACUACCAGUAUCACUGGUACUGGUUGUAUUACCGCUGACUUGGAUUCAACCAUCUUUUUUGCAAACACUUUGUUGAACAUUGACUCUAAUCAAGUUGUCUAUUUGGCUGACUCUCAAUCUUCAGUCAGAGCUACUGCCAUCUCCUUGCCAAAGACCUUCACGAUUGCCGGUUUCGGUAACGGUAAUAAGAUUGGUUUGGAUAUUCCUCUUGUAAGUCUUCCAUUCUUGAGCACCUACGACUAUGACUCCUCUUCUGGUAUCUUGACCCUUCGUGGUGCAGGUUUGUUAUCUCAAAAAUUUAAGAUUGGAUUGGGUUACAAUAAGAACUACUUCAAGAUUACAACUGAUACGUCUCUCGGUUUGUUGAGCGUUCCAUUGGGUGCCGUUACUUACACUGGACCAGUUCCAAACAACAAGAUUCCAGCUCAAUGUAAGCCAUGCAAAUUAUACCCAUCUGCACCAGGUGCAGAACCAACUGUUACUACAACUACUGUUGUUUCCACGAAGUCUGAUGGUUCCGUCUGUACUGAUAUUGAUCAAAUUAUUAUUUCUCAUGACACAAAGGCCAGUUGGUUUACUUCAACUUCUGUUGUAUCUGAAAUUUGUAGCACCAAGCAAAACUCUCAAACUACAAAGACCUCUACUUGGACUGGAACAUUCACCACCACUGUCACCGAGACUGACACUCCAG